AUGUUAAAAAUUCUAGGUGGACAGAAAUAUUUUGCUGAAUUUCUCAAAAGUGAAUAUAGUGAUGAAAAUAUUUUAUUUUGGCAAGCAUGUGAAGAAUUAAAACGCGAACGAAAUACCGAGAAAAUCGAAGAAAAGGCUCGAAUAAUUUAUGAAGAUUUUAUUUCAAUAUUAUCACCAAAAGAAGUGUCGUUGGAUUCGCGAGUGAGGGAAAUAAUAAAUAAUAAUAUGAUCCAUCCAUCGUCACAUACCUUUGAUGAGGCUCAAAAUCAGAUUUACACAUUAAUGCAGCGUGACUCCUAUCCAAGAUUUAUAUCAUCAUCAUUGUAUAAAAAAAUUCUCGAAUCAUAUGGACAAAUGGAAGAAUUGUGA